GGUAAAUCAUCACUUCAGCCACACACACACACCAAAAAGUAAAAAAGAGACACUCACGAAAGAAGAAAAAAAAAGAUGAUGAUGAAGCAGUAUGUGCUUGUUCACGGAGGCUGCCACGGCGCUUGGAGCUGGUACAAGGUGAAGCCUUUGCUGGAACGUUCCGGCCACCGUGUCACGGUUGUUGAUCUGACGGCUUCUGGUGUGAACGUGAGCAGAGUAGAAGAGAUUCAGACUUUGGAGGAUCUCGCUAAGCCUUUGCUCGAUGUCCUUGACUCGUUUGGCUACGAUGAUAAAGUAAUCCUCGUCGCGCAUAGCCUAGGAGGUAUACCAGCUGCUCUUGCAGCCGACAUGUUUGCUAGUAAAAUCUCUGUUGCUGUCUUCGUAACUUCUUUUAUGCCCGACACUAGGAAUCCACCUUCAUACGUGUUCGAAAAGCAUGUUGGGACCAUUUCAGAAAAAGAACGGAUGAAUUUGGAGUUUGGGAGCUACGGAACAAAUGAUCGUCCUCUAAUGACUGUUCUUCUUGGACCUAAGUACUUGGAGAAAAUGUAUCUGCUAUCUCCUAUCGAAGAUUUCGAAUUGGCCAAAGCGUUGGUGAGAGUUACACCGGCUAUAACCAGUAAUCUGACGGGGACAAAGAGCUUAACGGAACAAGGAUAUGGAUCUAUCAAUCGUGUGUAUAUUGUCUGCGGAGAAGAUAAGGGUUUAAGUGUGGAUUAUCAACGAUGGAUUAUCGAAAACUCUCCGGUUAAGGAAGUGAUGGAGAUCAAAGAUGCAGAUCAUAUGCCAAUGUUCUCCAAGCCACUUGAACUGUGUGACUGUCUUCUUAAGAUUGCUGAUAAAUAUGCCUAAAACAAAGAAUCUCUAUAUGUAUAUCCUAUAUGGACUAUGAAAUGGACUGUGUGAUCGUCUUCUAAAGAAUUUAUGUAUAUCCUUUAUGGAAUAUGAAAUAAGAUUUGAUUUUUAAGAACAAAAAAA